AUGUCCCCGAACACUUGGGUAAUCGAAAUGCCUGCGCCAAACACGCGAUCCCAUCCGUAUCCGCGAAGAAUCUCGCCGUACCGAACUCCCUCCUUGAACAGGGAUGCUUUUACCAGGGAUUAUCCAGCCGACGCACCUCCUGCUUCAUCAAGGAACCAUGUUCACCCCGUAUUCGAGGAUAUUCGUACCAUUUUGUCCGUGCUAAAGGCUAGUGGUUUGAUGCCCAUAUACGAACAGGUCUCCAACUACGAAGUGGGACCGCCAACCAAAACCAACGAGUUCUACUCCUUUUUCAUAAGAGGCGUGGUGCACGCCUUGACAAUCUUCAAUGUCUACAGUUUAUUUACACCUAUAUCGGCCCAAUUAUUUUACUCCUACCGGGAGACUGACAAUGUGAACCAGUGGAUCGAGCUACUGCUCUGCAUUCUGACUUAUACCCUUACAGUUUUUGUGUGUGCCCGGAAUACCAAGAGCAUGUUACAGAUCAUGAAUGAAAUUCUACAACUGGAUGAGGAAGUACGUCGACAGUUUGGCGCCAAUUUGAACCAAGACUUUGGCUUUUCGGUGAAGUUUUUGGUUGGAAUAGCCGCCUGCCAGACGUAUAUCAUCGUGUUAAAGAUAUAUGCUGUGCAAGGCGUAAUCACGCCCACCUCCUAUAUACUGCUAGCCUUCUAUGCUAUCCAGAAUGGCCUGACAGCCACGUAUAUAGUAUUCGCUUCAGCCUUACUCAGAAUUGUGUAUAUCCGAUUUCAUUUUAUCAACCAACUACUGAAUGGAUACACUUAUGGGCAGCAGCAUAAGCGCAAAGGCGGCGGAAGAAGGCGACAUCGUGGUAAUAUUAAUAGUAACCCCAAUCCCGCUAUUAUGGAACAUUUCCCCGAGGACUCGCUCUUCAUAUACCGCAUGCAUAACAAAUUACUGCGUAUCUACAAGGGCAUCAACGAUUGCUGCAACCUGAUUCUGGUCUCGUUCCUGGGCUAUUCCUUCUAUACCGUCACCACCAACUGCUAUAAUCUUUUUGUUCAGAUCACCGCAAAGGGCAUGGUGUCGCCCAACAUUCUGCAGUGGUGCUUCGCUUGGCUUUGUCUCCACUUUUCCCUUUUGGCUUUGUUGUCUCGGAGUUGUGGUCUUACCACUAGGGAGGCCAAUGCCACAUCCCAAAUACUAGCUAGGGUAUAUGCUAGAUGCAGGGAGUAUCAGAAUAUUAUUGAUAAAUUCCUCACUAAGAGCAUAAAGCAGGAGGUGCAAUUCACGGCAUACGGGUUUUUUGCCAUAGAUAACUCCACUCUAUUCAAGAUAUUUUCGGCCGUCACCACGUAUCUGGUCAUCUUGAUCCAAUUCAAACAGCUCGAAGACUCGAAAGUGGAGGACCUCGCACCAGAUCAGACCUAAAUCUAUAUAUAUAUAUAAAAACAAUUUGAACAUAAUGUAUUUUUACCCUUUUUAAUAUUGUCCUUAUGCAUUACAAAAAUUACUACAAUUUUACUAAUAAAAAUCAA